CUGCCGCUGCCGCCGAUUUCUUCGGCGUUGCUGCGGUGCGUCGUACUUUCGGCACGCGCGCUCCCAGCGAGCGCUCGCCGCGCGGGCAACCGCCGCGCCUUGUAACACGAGCUCGCGAUUAGCUAGCUCUUCGACGGUACUCGCUCUUAGGGCCGACGACCAUGUCGGUGCCGGCACGACGAGCUCGCGUUGCCGGCAAGUGAUGCAACAACACCGGUGCCACCGACGGUAGAGAGAAAGUCUGUCGAAGGGCUAGCGGGCGAGAGCUUCUUGUGUUGUUCGGCGCGAGCUUCUCAGUCGUCGCUGUUCGUUUCGUCUUCCACACUGCUACAAGAUGGACUGGAGGCCGUCACCUCAUCCGACAACUCGGCGUCGGCGUGUUCAACGGGGUGUGCGCGAACGUUGACCGAUUGUCGCUUUCGUUUUUCCGUUCUCGUGCCGGUCAUCCCGACCAUCAGACCCGAUACAGUGAUCCUCCUCCCUCCAACUCUUCUGCUGGUUUGGAUUGCGACAGGCGGCAAGCCCGCGCGGACCAUGGCUCGCUUGGCACGCCAGGGCAUUGGUGGCGACGGGUGUCCGGGAACUACGUCAUCGGGUUACGUGACAACGUCUAGUAGCAGUCCUAGUGGUUUGAUCUCAUCAUGGAGGCCGAAUUAAAGCCGUCUGUGGUGGAUUUCGAUUUCAAGCAGGAGCGGCCGGGCGGCACGCCCCUGGCCAUGCUGGCGGCUCAGUGCAACAAGCUGGCCAGUAAGAGCCCUCCGCCACUGGCGGACGCGGCUGUGGGCAAGGGCUUCCACCCCUGGAAGAAGGCCGCGCCGCAGGGCAACAGCUCCUCGACGCCUCCGCCGCAGCUGCAAACCUCGUCGGCGUCCGCACUCGGACAGCAGCACCCGAGGCUGGCGCACUCGGGCUCCUCGCCUUACCAACACAACCACCAGAGGACGCCAGUGGUUUCCAGUGGCUCCGUGACGACGGCGACCACGACGCCGUGCAGCUACCCGUCCGAGUCACUCUUCUACCCGGGAGUCUCUGCUGCCGCCACGACCGGAGUGUCCUCAGCUGGCGCGGCCAGCGACUCCCUCCUGGCCAAGGUGGAACCCCUGGGCCGCAUGUAUUCCCACGCUUACUGCGACAACUGGCCGUACGCGGCGGCGGCGCACAUCAAGCCCGAGGCAGCCAACGCGUUCAACUCGUCCCCCUGGUGGGAGGUGGGCGCCGGCGGCUCGUGGCUGGACGCCACCGGCCACUCGCAGCUGCCCAACGCGUACGCGGCCGCGGCCGCCGCCAGCUCCGACUACGGUCUCGGCUCGGGCCUGGCCGGCAGCCCGCUGCUCGGCUCCUCCCCUCUGCUGCAGGACACGUACAAGUCGAUGCUUCCUGGCCAGGGUGCCCCCGGCGUCGCGUCGCCGUUCUCGCUGGCGCAGCCGGCGCUGCCGCAGGUCGCCGCCUCCUCUCCGCGGUCACAGCGGAGGUACACGGGCCGGGCGACCUGCGACUGCCCCAACUGCCAAGAGGCCGAGCGGCUCGGACCCGCCGGGGCCCACCUGCGCAAGAAGAACAUCCACUCGUGCCACAUCCCGGGCUGCGGCAAGGUGUACGGCAAGACGUCGCACCUCAAGGCGCACCUGCGCUGGCACACAGGCGAGCGACCUUUCGUCUGCAACUGGCUCUUCUGCGGCAAGCGGUUCACGCGGUCCGACGAGCUGCAGCGCCACCUGCGCACGCACACGGGCGAGAAGCGCUUCGCCUGCCCCGUCUGCAACAAGCGCUUCAUGCGCUCCGACCACCUCAGCAAGCACGUCAAGACGCACAACGGCGGCGGAUCGUCGGGCGACAAGAAGGGCUCCUCCUCGGGAUCCUGCUCGGACUCGGACAACUCGCAGAGCGAGGCGCCCCAUCCGAUGGGAGGCCUGCCGCCCUCACAGCUGGGCUCGGGCAGCCUGUCCCAGGGCCUCGCCCUGGGCCCGCCGCCUCCGCCGCACGUGCCCCUAGGAGUCCUAGGCGCGCACGUCGCUCCGCAUCCGGCCGACGCCCACCGACACAAGUAGAGGACAUGCAUGCUGCGAGACGGCAUUGCUGCUGCUGUUUCACUCGAAUAUGCCAAACGGUCAUUUCGAUGGCCGCCCGUUUCCCUCCACAUUAUUCAAUGAGGAUGCCAGGGGCCACCUUCACGAGAGCCCCACAGCGUUAGUCAAGGACGUGUUUAUUUUGACUAUUUAGUCGUCACUCCGUGCAGAGUAUACCACAUGGAAUUAGAAGAGUCGUAGAAAACGAUUCGACGAUGGAUUUGACCGGUGACUAUGGCGUUCCUUAAAGAGCGUCUCUAAAUUUUUGUUUAGGACCUCGUCUGUCCUUUUACAACCGAGGCUCUUUUAUGCAAGGGCCAGAGCUCGAGUGAAACAGCAGCAACGCGCUAGUCUCCGAUGCGGUGUGGUGUCCUCGCCACCGAUAUACAACAACGGGUGUAGUGAGUGUACGGUCGGCGGCAGCGGCGUUGUCAGCGCGUCCUGGUGCGCCCUGGGGUGCGUCGGCGCUUGUACGAAGGGCCUGUCGGUGGCUGCAGCACUCCGGAGAACCAUCCGUGCCGUGCUCUGGAGAGGGAGGGCGAAGGGCCGACGGACCUGUGCGACGGUGCAGCGGGCGUCCUAAGACGUCCCGCGGAUGUUGUGUGGUGCGCUGUGUGCGGGCAGCUUUCUUUGCCGGUUUGCGUCGGCACGCUGGUGGCUUGUACUCUGCGCUUCGGCUGUCUGCGAAGAACAAGGAGCUACUGGAACUGAAAGACUUGGUUGGGAUGGGGCAUUGAUCAUGUGGGCUGUUUGCAACGCUGGUAACACCCGUGAACGCGCGAUUAUGGGAAACGGUUACAUUUCCAAUUAACACUAAUUGACACUUAACUUUCGUAAUUUUCCGGCAGGUCAUUCAUGGAUUUUGAAUAGUUUAUUUGCGUCUGGAUGUUCAAUAAAACACAUUCAGGACCAAUUUUUCAUUAGAGGUUUUAAAAUUUGCGCUAGUUUGCCUAAGCUGUCGCUAUUUCAAACCAGAUUACCUUUCUUGCUGCGUUUAUUAGUUAAAUUCGGCUUCAUGUUUAACGUGUGAUUUCUCUGUGUGGAGCAUAUGAUGAACGUAGAAUGUCGGUCCCCUAUUCACUGGCUCAAGCGUUUUCCUUGACACUGAAGCCCUCGAAUCCUAAGUUUGAAAAAAAUUCUUGAACUGAACAUCCGUCAAAAUUCGAAAGCUGUCACACGAUGUCCGGUGUUCCCACUUGCGCUGUAUGUGACCGAUAAUGGUUCUGCAAGAGCCUUUCCAGAGAAGUCGAUCUGAUGAUGAUUAGUGAAUUACAGUCGAAGCUCCGAAAAAAAUAAGGGAAACUGGUUUUCACAAUUGGUUUCGUGAUCAUGUUUUGGAAGUGACUGUAACAGCCUCGCGGUGCGCCCCAAGUCACCUGGCGGGUGACGCCGGCAUCACCAAGCCGCGUAUGAAAGACACGAGCCAUAGCAGAAGAGAGAAAGCGAGCAUCGUUUGCCAUACGUCGCCUUCCUGUCAAGCCGACUCCGUGUGUGCCUCGUGACUUUCGAACUACUGGCAACACUGUGCAGCAUCUGCGCGAUGGAAACUACUAUACUUCGUGGUGUGUGAUUGUGUGUGUGUACUGCGCGCGAAAUAGGUGUCUUUUUUUUUUUCUUUAGGCGACGAUGUACGCGAAAGCGUUCGUCCCUUUAAUAAUGUGUGCGCGCGAAGAAUCGCUCAGCUAGUAGGAGGUCUUAAAUCGCGCGAAUUUCACGCGCGGCGACCCAUAACUUUUCUUGUGCUAUUAGUAAAAAAAAAAUGAUAUUGUCGUCGAGCUUUAUAUUGUACUACAGUGCGAGUCUUUCUUCAAUGAAGAGACUAUGGGACUAAAAGAGUUCUGCCACGGGUUUUCAGUGAUCUAGGACGUUGUACAUAGUGACUCAACAAAGGAAAGAACUCUGUGCAAUUGUACAUUUUUUUUUCGCCCACUUUUUUUAAACGGUUGUCUCUCGACGUCUUCUCGUGUCGUGUGUGUGUCUUGCGUGUGCAUUAUGAACGUUAUAACAAGCGAAAAAAAAAAAUUAGUCCCGGAUAUUCGAACUGCAGUGAACGUGCUCUCUGUGUAAAGAUGGAGUGUGAUUCUGGAGCGCACUCGAAGAGCGAUUCUUAGCAGAGACUGGCGCCAUUGUUCACGUGAUUACAUGGUGACGCACGCUGUUUCGGCGGAAAGCGGGGCUGGAGUGAAGCGAUGUAAAACUGUCACGAAGCGAAAAAACAAACACAUACACACAAAAACUCAAGUUUUCUCUAUCUUCCGUGCACUGCUUCACGGACUAUCGGAACUAAAAACGUUCAUAUUGUUCUUUGCUGGUAAGUGUUAUCGUAGUUCCACUGGAAGAUCUGUUACGCUUAUGUAGCAACGAUAAAUAUGCGAAUGGAACCUGCUGUUCCGAAUGGGAUCAUUGAAAGGAAAAUGGCGCAGUGCCAAAGCAGUGGUCAUAUCUGUUUAGUAAUCCAACUGGGCCCAAGCUAGCAACUCAAUUUCAGUAUUUGCACCACCGCUUAAUUAAGAAUCCAGGCCGUUGAAAUUGAAUGAGUCUGAACCCUGAAGUGUCACGUUCGCAAAACAUUGGAGUAAUAGCUGGUUCUCAUUUUGAUUGUAUUGUGUUUAGUAUUGCACUGGCACUUAGUAUUACACUGCAGUCUAAUUACAGAGCGCAAAAGAAUCAUGAACGUUCACCAACUAGCCCCGUUCAUUGCAAUGCUAAACGGCUGUUAUCGCUCCGGGCAGUUUCAGUUUGCAAGUGCGUUGAGCUUCUUCGCUGCUCACAGGGUCUAUGAAUGUCUGUGUUACAUCUCUUGAUGAAACUGUCGAUUUUACGACACGUGCGAUACACCCGAUUGUGCCGAAGACGUCAUUUACAAAUAUAGCCUCGUAACAGUCGCCGUGAAAAUUUGUACGUUUAUCGAACUUCUUUAAAUCUGAAUUUGAAGCAAGGACGCCUCACACGUGGUGUAAUGGAGAGCGGAGGCGUGAAUUUUGAUGGAUAUUCUCGUAUAAAAAAAAAAGAAAAAGAAAAGGCAGACAUGGAACUUCAGCUCUGAACUGCUUCCGUCGUAGCAAAGUUUUGCUUUGAGAUAAACUUGUGAAAUGGCUGUGCCUGGUUAGUCACUUGUGUAAGCAUUGACUUGACUUCGGAAAGUGGUGCCAUCCCAACCGCGAAAAAAAAAUGUAACAAAUGUGUAAUUUCCUUGACCGUUCGUGUCGUUGUUGUGACUCCUUAAACCGAUUGGUUAAUAGCAUAAAAAAGAUUUUUUUUUCGCAUGCGCUCAGCUUUCAAGGAGCGUUUAGACGCUUUUUUUGUUUUCUUGUUUCCAGUAUUUUUUUUUUACUGUAAUUCCUUACGGUGACGAGUCCAGUGCUAUUGACAAAAGAAAUAAAAAGAAAGGCAAAUGCAGACGAGCAUGUUCCU